UGGUUUUUCCUUGACAGGAUUUCUGUCUGACGUGGGCUUGGUGAUGGUUUCGCUACUCCAGGACCAAUCCAAUAUUAAAUUUUCCCCUUCGGACACUCUGGAAAGGGACCAGCAGGACCUGAUGAAGGCACAGGGGGAUUCAAUAUCCCCAGUUCAGCCAAGUGAUACCCCCAGUUACAGCUGCCAACCGUACGAGCCGGACACCAGGACAGAAAGGAAGAGCUCAGAAUCCUCCCACAGCCCCAGCCCUGCUUCCCCAUCCCAGGACCAAAUCCACGGGAGGUUCCCUGCCAGCCAAGGCAUCCCCUGUGGCAAGAACAAAUUCAAGGCAUCCUUCAGCACGGAGAAAUUCCGGCGCUGCAGCUACGAGGAGAACACAGCCGGGAACUACGACCGGUUCCUCAAGAGCAGCAGGAACCCCUUCCACCCUUACAAGAGGCAGAUCAGCGAGGAUGUUUUCCAAGAAGCACACCAGGCCCUGCCUCCAGAAGCUUCUCCCUUCAAAAACCACGGGAGCAUCGAUGGAUUCGAGGCUCUGCAGGGUCCGGAGGAGCCGGAGGUGUUCCCCACGCACAUCCCAAAUCUGUCCGGGGAGCAGCCGUGGUGUAACAGCCUCCAGUACGGCAGCACGGGGCAGGAGCACGGCUCUCAGGUCAUGCAGGAUUCAGACAUGAAGCUCAGGAUCCCCCUGGAAGAGCAGCCUGGUUUGUAUUGCUACCAGCCCCAGCAGAUGUAUUGCCCCUCACACACUUUCCAUCAGUACCCCUCAGGAGGCAGCUACCCCGUGACUUACAUCGCUUCCUCGCACUACCCCUACCAAAGGAUUGCUCCUCAAAGCAGCCAAGAAUCUCAGCAGCCUCUCUUCCCCAAACUCUAUUCCUACAGCAUCCUGAUCUUCAUGGCUCUCAAAAACAGCAAGACAGGGAGUUUGCCAGUCAGUGAGAUUUACAAUUUCAUGACAGAACACUUCCCUUACUUUAAGACAGCUCCAGAUGGCUGGAAGAAUUCCGUGCGCCACAAUUUAUCUCUGAACAAGUGCUUUGAGAAAGUUGAGAACAAGUCAGGGAAUUCUUCUCGGAAGGGCUGUUUGUGGGCUCUGAACCCAGCCAAGAUUGACAAGAUGCAGGAGGAGCUUCAGAAAUGGAAGAGGAAAGACCCAGUUGCUGUGAGGAAGAGUAUGGCAAAGCCAGAAGAGCUUGACACCCUGAUAGGCGACAAGAGCGACAAGCUGCGCUCCUCGCUGCUGCCCUGCAGCCCCGCUGCAGGCCCCCUCUCCAGGCAGAUGGCAGCGCAAUCCCACUCCUUGUGCGAGCCCUCGCUCUCCUCGGGCAUCCCGCAGGGAUUACACGGCAUUUCGGCUCUGCAUGCCAAGAGCCCCCUGCCCUUGCUGGGGGCGCAGCAGCCGGGGUGCUUCGUCCCCCAGGGCUUCCCCCAAAUCCCCACCGCGCUGCUGCAGCACACGGCGGAGCCUCCGAGCCUGUUCGCUGCUGGGGAGGCUCAAAGCCAGCUCCGGACUCAGCCCAGCAUCCCUCAGGAUUCCCCAGUGCCGGCUCAGAGCCCCCCGAGCUGCGGGAUGAAGAUGCUGCCCGAGCACUCCCCGGCCAGGACGGUGCAGGACUCGCUGCUGCAGGAGGGGGAUCUCAGCAAUGACAUCGAUGCUCUCAACCCGUCCCUCACUGACUUCGACCUCCAAGGGGGGAAUCUCUGGGAGGAGCUGAAAGACGACAGCUUGGCCGUGGAUCCCCUGGUCCUCAUUUCAUCCUCCCCCUCGCAGUGUUUUCCCUCUCAGUGCCAGCUGGAGAGCGGCGGCAGCGGUAGCAGCGCGCACGGGGGCGAGCACGGGAGCGCGCACGGGAGCGCGCCCGAGCUGCAGCUCACCACGCUCUACUCGGCGUUCAUGGAGCUGGACAUGUCCCCUCCCUACCUGAGCAGCCCCGGCUCCAAACCCAUCGCCCUGGUGUGAAGCGCCCGCUGCCAGCCCCAAAUCACACCCUGAGGGAUGCUCCGUGCCGAGAAGAAUUUUAUCUUUUUUGUUGUUGUUGUUGUUCCCAGAACUCGCCCGCAGGAUAUGUAGCUUUACUAUGAUGGUUUUCUACAGACAGAUAUUAAAAAUUUAAAAAAAAAUUAAAUAUUAUUUAAGGAGAAUAUGGUUAUCAGCUGAACAUUUUAUCAUGGCACUCAUCUUCUUCAUCUUCCAGAAAUAAGAGGAAAAAUUCUUGACCUUUUUUUCUCCUUUCCUUUUUUUUUUUCUCUUUCACGAGAGCUGCUUGCAAAAGAACACAGAACUCCACAGCACACAACAAUUUAACUUAUUUCUUGGAGCCACUGACGGCAACAACAUCAUCCACAGACCACUGAAAAUAUAAAAUCUACCUAUUAAAACAUUUAUAGUCCCCUUGAGAGAAGUUCUGGGUUUUGGUAAACGUGAACUGAAAAUUCUGCAAGGAUUAGAAGAUAGAGGACAAGCUGCUGACAGACUAAACCAAAGCAACAAAUAUACUUCAGUGGAAAAUAUCUAAGUUUUACUGUAUUUAAAAAGAAAUUUUAAA